AUGGGGAAGUUAGCAGCGGUCAGGGCUCCCUCUCUCUUUUAUCUACUAAGGCUAGAGGCUACAGAUAGCUUGUUUCGAACGAUGUCAUUGCUGAGAUGCGUGGCGGCGGAGAGUCGGAUGUUGGUGAGGCACGUCGGUACCAGGGGGACAGUGACCUCAGACUCCAUCGGAUGCUGUCUGGCUGAUCCCCGGUUUAUGCUGCAUUGUGGUGAGGUUGCUGCACCUCAUCUGCGGACUACAGUCGGUGGUUGUGUGACAUGCCAUAUCCGAUGGGAUGAGGUGCAUCAGUCCGAUGUACGUGCUAUUGUAGCGAUGGGAUAUUGUCAUUGUCUAGAUCUAGUAUGUUGGCGUGAUGCAGUGCGACUGCGAUUGAUAAACGAUCAAGAUAACGCUGGUGGAAUAGCACAUAUCACGGAUACUUCGGAGUUGGAUCUCGAUUGUGGCACUUUGUUUUCCACGGAUGAAUAUCCAUCCCCAAAGCCAGUGUUAAGAAAUAUGAAGGGGGGGAAAUCCCACGAGAGGAAGUAUGGGAGGCUGGACAGUGGCUAG